UUGGUAAAUUUUUGCGUGUAAAAACAUAAAGUUCGUCUUCCACUUAUUCUUAUAGUCUUAUCCAACUGGAGUCGUCAUUCCUUCUCGAUUCAGUUGUAUCUGAUUCUUCAUCUUAAACCUCAGAUAUAUAUAUAUAUAUAUUCGAUCAGAUAUUUACAGUUAUAGGAUGGGGGGAAGUUCAGUUGAUGAUGAUUGGGAGUUCACAACUCCUUUGAAUGCGGUACGGACACUUGUUUUGGUUGGAAGGACAGGGAAUGGGAAAAGUGCCACCGGGAAUAGCAUCCUCGGAAAGAAAGAGUUCCUGUCGAAGGCGAGUUCGGCUGGUGUAACGAGUACUUCCGAGCUCAGGACAACUGUGUUGAAAGAUGGCCAGAUGCUUAAUGUGAUCGAUACUCCUGGACUAUUUGAUUCUUCUGUUGACACUGAAUAUAUUGGGAAAGAGAUUGUGAAAUGUAUCAAUAUGGCGAGGGAUGGUAUCCAUGCUGUUCUUGUUGUCCUCACAGUUCGAACUCGGUUUUCAAAAGAAGAAGAAGCUGCAAUAAGUAGUUUGAGGACUUUGUUUGGGAGCAAAAUUAAUGAUUAUAUGAUUGUGGUUUUUACUGGUGGGGAUGAACUUGAGGAGAAUGAACAAACUUUGAAAGAGUUUUUAGAAGACUGCCCUGAAUCAUUAAAGGAAACCCUUAGCCUAUGUGGGGAUAGAUGUGUCCUUUUUGAUAACAGGACAAAAGAUAAUAAAAAGAAAUCACAACAAGUACUAGAACUUCUCUCGCUUGUCAACAUGGUGUUGACCAAGAACAAUGGGAAACCAUACACUGAUGAGAUUUUUAGUGAAUUGAAGAGAGGGACUAGGAAGCUUCAUGAACAAACAGAAGAAGUUCAAUCAUUGCAGGGGUAUACCAAACAGGAAAUAUCCGAGCUGACAGAGCAGAUGCAUAAAUCAUAUGAAGAGCAACUUAAGCGGAUCACCGAAAUGGUCGAGUCAAGGCUGAAGGAAACAACAAUUAGACUCGAACAACAAUUGGCAGAAGAACAACUUGCACGGUUAAAGGCUGAAGAGACGGCUCAUGCUGCUCAAAUGAAAUCCAAUGAGGAAAUCCGUAAGCUCAGAGAGACUUUAGAGAGAGCCCAACAGGAGACUGAGGAGCUACGUAAGAGAGCUGAAAGUGGCAAAUGUGUAAUUUUGUAACUUGAAAUGCCUCCUAUAUAAGUUUGUUUGCAACUGCCUUAACUGUCUUAUGUUCCAACUCAGUUGGACUUCUUAUUUGUGAUAUAAACCUAACUGUGAUAAAAAAAAACAGUGCAAGUGUUACUAGAUCUGCUGUCAAUGGGUUGGGUCUUGAUUGGGAUCUAGAGCUGACCUGAUCUGAUCUGAUCUGAUCCAGUCAGUGGUUCGAGAUCACGUGGUUCAUGAUACAAUCUUCUUGUUAAUAUAAAGACUAUGUUGUAAGAUGUUGAUUAAGCUACAACUUGAUGGCCCUCUUGUUUUUCUGUUA